AUCGAAAUGUAACACUACAGUACGUACUACUGCUGCGACGCUUCGUGGCGACAGUGGAGCUUGCCCGGACCCCCGGAUCGAGUAAAUGGCCAUGGGUGCCUUCUUACCUCGACGCUCGUGUGCAGCACUACUGCAUUGAAUGUGUCAGCUUCCACCCAUCUUCCUCAUUCUAAAGCCGCGAGUGUUUCUAGUUCAGCCGAAGACCCCUUCGAAAUAACCCCCAUCCGUGGCUCGAGUUUCAUCGCCAACGUCCUGCUCGUGUGGUUGGAAGUCCCAGCAAAGAAGACUCGCUGCAAGCAAUGAGCAGGCAUAUCCAGGCCUGGAAGGAACGAUGGACCUACAAUCCCCUCGGAGGAGUCGCAUCCCCCGAAGAUGGCGCGGAUGAUGGUCUUGAUGCAAGCGAGAAGGCUCAGCUUGACUCUGAAGGACGUCCCUCGCUGCAAAGCUUGAAUGCUCGCAACAUUCUUGCGCAGAGGCUGUGGUGGAUAGCCGGCUUUCUGUCGCUGCUCGCUUUUAUCAUCGCACUCGUCCGCUUUCUCACGCCUUCGACAAAGGUGUGGUCAUCCUGCGGAGGUGAUCCAGCCACCGCUCGCGCUCGGGGCUGUCAAUUCGAUGUCAUCAACUUCGCAUGGCAGACGCGCGAGUGUUUUGACGCAGCACUUGUCGCCGAAUUCGCUGAGCUCGAGCCCUGGACGUUUUGGCUGACGCCCCACGGAAACGAGACGGUAUCGCACGAGGUUGCGUAUCGUGGGGAACGAUCGCUUUGGACAACACAUCGUCAUCAUCAGAAACACUGCAUGUGGUCGUACCGAAAGAUGCAUCGAGCGUACGAAGCUGGCUUCAUCGAGAAACACCUGAGGGAAUAUAGUCACACGUUGCACUGCUCGGAGUAUGUGCUUUGGGAGGGCGAGGAGGAGGAAGGGGGGAGAUUCUUCACAGUCGGUGAGGACCGGCAUUUGACCUUUCUCAACAUCGUGUAUCCUGUUUGUGAGAGGUUGAGGCAGGGAAGUACGGCAUCGGCCUGGUGGAAAGGAGCGGCGCCUCGGUGAUGGGCGAUCGAAGAGGCAUGAUUGCCUGAUUAACACAAGGCUCAACGGCGAAGCCGCCAGCCGCAUCACCACCAGCCAUGAAGAUUGCUGAGAUGAACCACCUGCUUGAUGGCCGAUUCAACGAUCAGCAUCAUCGCUGGUUAGCAUCUGGGAUGAAACCAUCGCGACUUCGUCUCGAACUCCGACGUAGAUGGCCGAGAUUGUCAAUCCAAUUGAGCCAGCUAUCUUGAUAGCAGCUCAUGGACAAGCAAGUGUCGUCACGAUAUGGUGUCUGACAAACAGAAGCUUCUUACCAAGAGCGCUGCCGGCUUACAUCGAGAAGCUUGCUUACAGCCAUGGAAUGACAUAAGGACUCUGUAAUCCUCUCGAGAAUUGUGUGAACCUUGCUAGUAUCACGUAUGAGCUUGCGAG